AUGCCUUCCAAAGCUCUGGCGCUGCCUGGCGAUGGGAAGCCGAAGACGGAGUUCCAGAAGCACGCGAAGAAGCUUCUGGACAAGCAUUGCAAAAUCGACGUCAACGACGAAUGGCAGCCGGUAGAUGACCAGAAAAUCGCGCAGCUGCGCGGCAUCCUCUCCGCGCUGCACGAGGAGAACCAGUCGACCCAGCUCCUAAAGGUUGAGAGCGAGGAUCGCGAAGCGCAGGCCGCCCUAAAGGCCACACGGAAGAGCGUUGAGACUCGACUCGCCUUUUGCAAGGAGAAAGAGAUGAUGUUCAAGAAAAAGCAGGAUGAGUUGCGACGCCAUGUGCUGGACAAUCAGAAGUCAUUGCAAGAUCUCGAGUCGCAGAUCGAGAAAAGUGAGCGCAAGGCGCAUGACGAGCAGGCCCAGAGCCGGCGUUUGGAGGGGGAGAUCAGGGCCCUGGAGCGAGAGCUGCAGGAGAAGGAACAGCAGCGCGACACGGAGCAGGCGAAAAUCGGGAAGAUGGCUCAGUACAAGAACUUCCUUGAGCACGUGAUCCACGAGAGCCAGGAAGAGUUUGGAGACGACAUCGAGGUCCUGAUGAAUCGCCACCUCACGCUGGAAGGGGGCAGUCAGGAGCUGACCCAAGCAAAUGACGACCUCUCCAUGCGCCUGGAUCGUGAGAGGGAAGAAUGCGCCCGUGUGCAGACGAAACUGCAGAAUGAGCACCUCGCCAUCAGCAGCCAGUUGCACAAAUGUCAGGUGGCGCUCGAACACCAUCUCGGGGAGAGCCAGGAGUUGGAGGGGCGGCUGAACCGCGCUCUGGAGGAGAAGGAGCUGAAGGAGAGCCAGGUGGGGGUCAUCUCCAUGGCUAUCGAGCAGCUCUUCUCCCGCACGGUGAACUCGUGCAGGCUUCCUCAGCGGAAGAAGGCGAUGCUUGAUGCAACAGACGUGAAAUUUGCCCCUGUCCGGGGUGACAAGAGCGAUGUGCGGUUGGAAGAGAUGUUCAAGCAGAUCAUCGAGCGAGUGGAAGAUCUGCAGGAGAUGCACAGCACCGUCCAGCUGGGUCGGGAGAAGCCGAGGGAGGAAGCGGCUCUCUUCGAUGAGAGGGGGUUCAUGGAGCGUGUGACGUUCCAGUACCAUCGAGGUGAAGAUGACGUCAGACGAAGGGGCACCGGCAGCGACGAGAACCACGAGUCGCUCACGCUGGGCCUUGGGGCAGGUAGCAGCACCCUCAAGGGGAGGCAUACCGACCCCAACCUUAGUGGGGGCCACAGUGGCGGGAAGCUCAGCGCCCGCUGUGCAACGCCUUCCCGCAACUUCCAGCUGUCAAAGAAGGAUGGCGAAGUGUUUCACCGCGGGAUGUCAACAGCACUUGGCAUCAGCACUUGGACCGUUCUCGUCUUCCUUCGAUCCUGCCCACGCAAGCCCAGUGCUGUCGACCAGCAUGCGAAGACAGUACUGCAAGCGAUGGCGAAUUCGAAAAAGGCCUAUCGCAAGGAGAAUGAGCGAACUCAGCUGCUGUGGAAGACUCUGAUUCAGGGGCUUUCCCCGACGCAAGCCGCCGAGAUGUUCAGAAAACAGGACCACGAGCCUCCAACUGAGCAAGAGUUGAUGGACUUGCGAACAAACACGCUGGCUCACGUUCGCAAGAAGACGAUGGGUCACCGGCAGAUGAUGAAGUCUGCACUCAAAAACAAGAACAAGUCGGCCACGAAGCGGUUCUUGAACAACGAGUUGGUCAGCGUGACCAAGAAAGACAAGUAUUACCGCACCGGCGGUGAGACGGCGGAGGACAAGGCAAAAACUUCCGUGGAGUUAUACAUCAUCGGCAUCGGCCGUGGAGGUCGGCACGCAGUCAAGCUCGCCAUGCACGACAAGAAGAAGGGGAGUGCCAUUGACGUGCUAGGAAACUGGUGCAACAUGCAUAUAAUAUCACAAGCGACGGAGGCAGUUACUGUAAGUUCACAAAUGCAGCUUUGGUACUUGUUCGACGCUGGAGCGCUCGAUGAAAAGGUGUCGGAAGCGCUGCAGGACCUGCCGAUUCUUGGUUCAAGCUUUGCAGAGCAGGCCUUUCCCCGUCGCAAUCGCCAUGGACCGGCCAUGACGAGGCUGUCCUCGAUCUUGGGGCUCCUGCCCCUGGCAGCCGCCUCCGGGCCCAGCAGCUGGGCGAAGACAAGGUCCCCGGAUCCGGGCUUCGUAGCCAGUCUGAUCUCGUAUCAUCAAGAGAAGCUGGAGAAUGCAGUAGCCCGGCUUUCAAGCGGUCGGCCGUUUGCUGACUGGGUCUUUGAGAUGGAUACGUCCCUGCUGCCCUCGCCGGUGCCGAGAAGUUGGCUCGAGAACUCCACCAAGGACAAGGCUUCAGCAGAGUCAUCUUUGAAAGAGGCACUGUCGACCUUGGUUCGGGGCCUCGCCCGGCUCUCGUCAGGCCCGGCCUUGGCGGACGCAGUUUUCGGCGCCGAGGCGGCGAAGCUCUUGGAGCCGGUGGCCCCGGACGACGUCCAGCCACGCCUGUCACCGCAGCAAAUUGAAUCGCUGGGCCCGAAGCAAAUCUCGGUGCUGAUGGCCCACGAGAAUGAGAUGCUCGCAGCAGGAGUUGGCCGGCUCUCCAGUGGCAAAUCUUUUGCUGACUACAUCUUCGGCAUGGACACCGGUGAGCUGCCAAGGGAGCUUCCAAGCGAGAUGUAUCUGUCAAACAUCGCGCAGGAUCGAAGUUUGGCACAGUUUGCAGUGAACGCCACAAUGUCGAUGAUCGGCCGUGCAGCGUCCCAGCUUUCUUCGGGCAAGCCGCUUGCCGACGCAGUCUUCGGCUGCGAUGUCAGUCAUCUCUCGAUCCCCAACAAAGUGGUGAUGACCAGGACUUGA